GACAUAAUGGGUGGAGGCCUAGGGACAAUGCCUGUAGCGCUAUCAGUUAUCAACUUACUCAUGUGCCUGUCCAUUCUGUUUGGCAAUAGUCUCGUCAUAGCUGCCGUCGCCAAAUUUCAAUCAUUGCGCACUAAUAUGUACAUAUUCAUGUGUAACUUAGCAGUCGCUGAUAUCUUGGUGGGGAUCGCCAUCGGGAUCUUCACCAUUAGUAAUCUGGUCUUCAAGUUCAAAAUGUCGAACAUUGUCAUUUGCUUAGUUGUUCAUUUUCUAAUCGCUACAUCCAUCUACUGCACUCUCCUGAACAUUGCGUGCAUUGCAGUGGAUUGCUCGCUUGCGGUUAACCACCCUUUACGCUAUCAUCUCUACAUGACGCCACGCAACGUGACAAUUAUCAUUAGCGGUAUCUGGGCAUUUUCGAUAUUGACCGCCCUUUGCAUGUUCGCCGGUAGAACAGAGUGGAAAAUUGAGAUAUGUAAUUAUCAAGUGAUUUACAUGUGGGGGUACAAAAUUUAUGCCCUACUUUACAUGGCCUCAAUGUCCAUUAUUCAGGUCAUUCUGUACACUCAGUUAGUCAUCAUCUCUCAACGUCAGAUAAAAAGGAUUGCUGCCAUGGGGGGCCAGAAUCAAGCCAUUCCAGGGAAUAUAAAGACCAACAACAAGUCGAUCAAGAUGUUCGCGACCGUCGUUGGACUGUUUAUAAUGUGUUGGCUCCCAUUGAUAAUCGUAAUGGCAAUAUAUCUCAUCAAGCCCGAAGUCAGCCGUCGUACUGAGUUUGUUGUCACCUACGCCAUUGCCUGCUUGAGUAGCGCGCUCAACCCGAUGAUUUAUGCGUGCCGGAACACUCAGAUGCGACGAGCAUUCAAAAAGUUGCUGCACCUCAGGAACAAUUCGAUUGUCCCGGAGGAAGGAGCGAAUGAUAACUCUUGGACAAGAACUUGA